AAAGUCGUGCUUAAGAAUGAGAUUUCAGUUCUAAAAUUUUGCCUACAGAGGAACUGGACGGUAUACGCUCCUCAAAAAUAAGAAGAAAAAUCAGUUGCAAAAGAAUCGACAGCAAUGGAAGCUCAGAUUCAGAAUAGCAGCGGCGUAGAAUUUGCAGUGGGUUGCAUAUUGUCCAUCAAAACUACUCUUGGUGAAGAAUUUCAAGCCCAAGUCAUCACUUUUGAUCCUUCUUCAAACGUCCUCAUCCUUCAAGAAGGAGUGAAAUCUGGGUCAGGGCCAAAGAGGAAUAUAAGGCUUCUCAAUGCUAAUUACAUAAAGGAGUUGACUUUCUUGGGUCAAGGUGAGGACCCACUUGAUAUCAAUAAGUGUUUUCUUGACCUCAACACUCUUCAGGCCAGAGAAGACUCUGCUAUCAGACAAGCAGAAAUAGAUGCUGAGAGGAUUGGAGUGGGUGUCAGUGCUGAGGCCCGGAUCAUUUUUGAUGCAUUGGCUAAGACGCUCCCUGUGCGCUGGGACAAGACCAAUAUAGUUGUGAUGAAUGAAGUGCAUGUUUGCAGUCCGUAUCUUCCUGAGAAUGUUACUGGAGGAACUCCUGCUGCUAAUGAACGGGUGCGGAAAGUGCUGGAAUUUGAGAAGAAGAGGUUGCAAGCUCGCAGUGCUGGUCAGUGAUGAUUUCAUCUUUUGAAUAUUGAGAUGGCUGAAGAGAUAAGCCUCAGAAUGGGACACGAUGACAUUUUAAGUUAUAUCAAACCUCCCCAGAGAAGUAAAUUCUAUCAAUUUGCGAGAUAAAUGCAAGGAACCUUGAUUUUUCUUAGAUAUGUGAAAUUUUCUUUAUCACGUGCUACUUUCUGAUAUCUUAAUGGUGAUGCACUGCUGAAUGAGUUUAAAUUUGAGACUAUAGUGCAGAUUCUAUUAACUCAUGUUGUUCUUGAGGUAAUGAAGAUGUUGUACCUCGACCAUCA